AUGAUCCCCAGAUCCACGUCUUCCGAGGGUCGGGAGCACGAGUCUGACGCCGUACCCAUCGCCGCCAACCACAAUCCGCCUCUAGCCAAGCGCCGGCGCACCGUCAAAGAGGAGCAGCGCCGCAGCAGCCGCGCCUGCCUCGAGUGCCGGCUGGCAAAGACGAAAUGCCUCGUACAGGAAGAUCGAAAGGAGCUCAUCUGCGAGAGGUGCGAGCGCUUCAACUUCAGCUGCAAGUUUGUCCGCCACCACCGCGGCCGCAAGCCCGUCAGCAAGCUGGCCAGCCUCGCCUCGUCCUCGUCCCUGGCCGCAGAGCACCUCGAUGGUUCCGCCAGCGAGGACUCGAGCGACAACGGGGCAGACGCCACCGAAUUGAGGGCGGAUCGGAGCGGCACCAAGAGUGAGGCCGCUUCGUCCUCUCAACGAGCCGAUCGAGUUCGGUCGGCUUCCCCGCGCACCGCAAGAGCGGGGCAGACCUCCAAAGCUGGAGCUGCCGCAGAUGCCCCGUCGCGGCCAUCCGCUGCCACGUCAUCCGGCCGCCGAAAGGCGAGACACACGCCCGUAGAGCUCGAUGUGGCGGCUCGGAGGCGGAUCUGGGAGAUGCUUGCGUCCAAGAUCGCACAGCGCGGCUCCACCUACAUGUUCGUCAACAAGGGCGAGCUCGACCAUGACCCCAAUGCGGCAGGGCCGUCGUCGUCCAAGGGUGCCGGCGACGCGGCCCCCGUCGGUCCCUCUGUGCAGCAUCACUCGUCCACCUUCCGACAGCUGCUGCAGCCGCUCGACAAGAGCGGCAGCUCCGCCCCCUACCCGGAGUCAGAAGCACAGGCGGUGCGCUUUCCUCGCUUGCCCGACACCAUCUCGCUCAUCGGCCCCAAGGACCCUUGCGACUCUGGCAUCCUCUCGCUCGCCGCCGCUCGCAGGCUCUAUGACUACUUCUUCGCCAACAUCAACCCGUGGUGCAUGGUGUUUGACCCAACGCUCGUCUCUCACGAGUCGAUCCGCACGACGUCGGCGUUCCUAUACACCGUCAUCCUCUACCUCGCCUCACGCUACAUCGAGCUAUCCCCGGAGACUGGCGUCAACAGCGGCUGGUACCCGACGUCGUCCGAGUCCGCGCUCGCGCCGGGACGCACGGGCUCCGAUGCCGUCACCGCAUCCAUCUCGGCGCGCCUGGGCUCCCACGCCAGAAGUCUCGCGGUGCAGGCCUUUGCGCUGGGGGAUCGCGCCAUGGAGACGGCUAUUGCCUUCUACCUGGCUUCGGUCUGGAAGGAGGCGGAUGACCACUUCUCCGCGCUCUACUGCAGCUACGCCGGCAAGAUCAUGUCCGAUCUGCCAUCGAGCCUGCUGUCCGAGCCUGCGGACCUGGGCGGCAACUCGAAGCGUCCCGAUCCCGCCAAGCCCUCGCCGCCGUCCGAGAUGCGCCAGCGCCUGCGUCGGCACCAGCAGCGCGUCUUUCUUUUCCACUACAUCCAGGAGCACGCGCUGCUGCUUCACUUUGCGCCGCGGCCCAACUUUGACCGCGGCCCGGCGUUGCUGCGUAACUUGCUGGCGUGGGCCGACGACGAUCUCAACACCGAGGACGACUGCCUCCUAUGCGCCGACAUCGACCACAUGCUGCUCCAGACGCGGUAUAAGUCGACCAUGGAGCGCGCCCAGAUCCAGGACAGAGACUCGGUGCACGGCGGGUCCGAGUGCUUCCUGCUCUUCCGCUCGUUUCUCGACGAGAUCGAGGACUGGCACAGCAGGUGGGAGUGGCAAGCAAAGAAGAUGGCGAAGAAGUUUCGUCGAGAUGCCGCAGCAACCGCAGAGGACAGCAACGGUGCCGCCUCAGCCGCCGCCGCCGCCGCAACAGCAACAGCAACAGCAACAGCAGCUACUGCCAUGGACGAGAGCAGGCCCAAGGCCUUCGAUGCAUCCCUUUCCCUGCCCUCUCGGCAGAGCCUGCUGCAGAUAUUCAAGAACAGCACCAUCAUGCAGAUAUCUUCGAUCGCCUUUCGAGCAUCUCUGCGCGACCUGAACAAGGUCCAGGCGCGAUCCAAGGAGCGGCAACCCGAGCCUCCCUCGGGCAAGCCGGCAUCUGGAUCGGCUGCCAGCACCGGCGGCGGCGGCGGCGGCGGCGUCACUGCCGUGGCUAGCAGCAGCGGAUCGUUGAUGGACGACCGCACCGAAGAGAUCUACAACACGUGCCUCGAGUCGGCGCUCAACCUCCUCUACCACUCGAUCCAGAUGCCGACCAACGUGCUGCGGCACGCGCAGGAUCUGCUGAUGGUGCUGACGCCGCACGCCGCGCUGCUCGCCACGUACCUCAUCUCGCUACCGCUGCCCCACGUUAACGGCCUUGGUCCCUCUGCUUCGGGAGGUGCCAGCGACGAGGCUGCGAGCAUCGCGAGGCACAAGGGUCGAGCGCGCCUGCAGAGGAGGAAGGAGUACGAGCGGAGAUGCCUCGAGCUGCUCCGGGGCACGCGGGACCACUUCAAGGCGGCGUGCGUGCGCGAGGACGAUCACGUGGCCCUCUGCUGGCGAUACAUCGACAGUCUCCUGGUCGUCAUCGAAGGUCCCGACACGAGCGGCGCCGCCAGCGAGCCAAAGGGCGAGGCCAACCGGGGCGGCGGUGCGAGCCAGCAUCAACACCAUCGCGAUGCGUCAAAGCGAGAUGCAGAUGUCAGUCCGCAGGCGCCCCACCGCAAUGGUGGCGUCGGCGGCAACAGCGCCCGGCCGUCGAACUGGACGCCGCGCGUGGCCAGUGGCAAGAUUGGCGGAGGGUCGGGCCCGCCAUCGAACCUAGACGACGUGGCCGCCCAGACGCUGCUCAACCUGCACACCGACGCGCAGAACGGUACGCCCAACGUGUCGCCGCCGCCGCCGCCCAACUUUGCCGGCUCGUUUGGACCGCUGAGCGAUGGCCGCUCGCCCUAUCCGCCGGCCAACUUCUACGCUGCUGGCACUGGCAGUCCCUUUCCUCCUCCGGCGGCGACACGGGGCUUCGGCGGCGAUCGUCCCAACACGUUUUCGCCCGAUCCGGCCGCUGCUGCUGGCGUCGUGGACCCCUUUUCGCCGUCGUCUUCGGGCAACGCAGCGCAGCAGGGCCAGACGCCCGUCGACUGGACGUGGCUGCAGUCUUUCCUCGAGCUGCCCGAGUUUUCGUGGAUGUAG